UCGCGCCAAGGUUUGCUGCGUGCGGCUGGGGUCGAGUCGAGAUCUGGAUUGUGGGGUUUCCCACUGUGUUUAACCUGAGGAGGCUGUUUUUUGUAUGUUCAAGAGAAGAUAAAAGAGGAAGCAGUUCACGAUGGGUUUGAAGAAAUUGGUUUAUUUGAUUGUGUUGGCGGGGUUGGCGUAUCUCGGAUUCUUGUUUUCGCUGGUUACGGCGCCGGUGCAGAGAGGCUUUAUCUUUAUGAACGGGAUAAAAUUGGGCAGCAACGAGACGCUAUACCAUCCCGAGACCUCCGGCUUUGCAAAAAAUCAAGUCGCCCCGUUCUGGCUCGAGACCCCGGAUGGUGAGAAAUUAUUCGGUUGGCACAUCCUCCCGAUCGACGCAUACGAGCUCAACCGGGCGCGGUUGCGAGCGAUCGAGCCGAGUAAGGAUGAGAUUGACGCGAACGAGCUCGCGAAGGUGCAUUUGAGUAUCUUGCGCGAGGAUCCGCAUGCUCGGGUUAUCAUCUACUUUCAUGGAAACGCGGGCUGCAUAUCGUCUAUCCACCGCCCAGACAUCUACCGCGCCCUCCUCACCUCCUCACCCGCACACACCCACCUCUUCAUCGUCGACUACCGCGGCUUCGGCGUCUCCACCGGUCUCCCCAGCGAAUCCGCCCUGAUCUCCGACGGCGCAUUCGUCUCCCUCGCAAUCACUGAACUCACAGGAAUCCCCCCGUCCAAGACCGUGCUCGUCGGCCAAUCGCUCGGCACCGGCGUCGUCAUCGGAAUCGCGGACUUACUCCUCGCCGCCGAUCCCCCCGUCGAAUUCAAAGCGAUCGUGCCAAUCGCUGGGUUUUCCUCGAUUGAAAAAGUCGCGCUUGAUUUCAAAGCGUUCGGUACGGUUCCUGUGAUCGGUCCCGCAGCGUACCUGCCGCAGGCGCAGGGUUUGGUCUCGAGAUUCAUUCAGCACCCGUUCCGCAGCGACGAGCGCCUCGAGCGGUUCGUGCGGAACUCGCGCAGGACGAAGGUGUUGAUCGUGCAUUCGUUUGAUGACGCGGAGAUUCCGUUUGCGCAUGGUGAGAGGUUACUUGAAGCCGCGUUGCGCGGGGCGUCUGCGUCUGCGUCUGCAGAAGACGAGGAGGGGGGGCUUGUGCAGUUGAAUAGGUAUCUUGGCAUGGCUGAGAAUGAACGAAGCGGUGUAUUUGAGGUGGUUAGUAUCGCCGAGCAGCAGACGCGCGAAUAUCACUUCUACCAACGAUUCUCCGACAACGGCACCCUUCUCCUCGACCCCUCCUCCUCCGACGGAGAGGAAGAAGAAGGGGUCGAGAUAGAGCAGGUGGUGAAGGAGGUGGAGCAGGUGGUGGUGCCGGUAACGGACGAGGACGAGGAGGUUAGGAGGAUUAGUAUGUUGGCUUUGAAGUGGGGAGGACAUAAUUUGGUGCCCAAGAGCUCGGAUGUGAUUUUGGCGGUGAGGCAGCUGCUGUAUGACUGACAUCCCGCGUGAAAACGAACGACUAAAAAAUAGGCUGGGUUAUAGCUACAUGGUUUGGAAAAUAUACAUCAAUUAUUCAGAUAAAACAGAAACAGAAAAAGUCAUAAAAACGCCUUUGAGA